ACUGCUACUACUACUCACUCUUCUCCUAUCCCACUCAUCCAUCCAUCCAUUCACUCUCCUCUUACUUCACUAUCCACACACUCUCUACUUUGUACUUCUAUUUUGUUCCCCUCGAUUGUACACUGAUACUUCUCUGAGCCCUGCCGGGAAACGAUCGAGAGGGGCCACCGCGGCCAGUUGUUUGGCCAGCGAUUGGCGAGGAGGAUCGUUCCAAAGAGAUACAUCCAUCACAUCAUGUCUUACCCUAAUCCUCCCCCACCACCAAAACAAACCCCUUCCUAUUCCUCCGCCUCUGAUCCCUUUAACCCAUCAAAUCCCAGCGUACAACAUCUUCAAUAUGACCAAAAUCCUCAAUAUGCACAAGGUGCUUCUCCUUACGCCCCUCCUGGUGCUCCUAACCCCGGUGCGGGGGGUGCGGGUGUAGCGCCACCCAACCAGGCUGGACAAUACGCCCCUUUUUAUGAUAACGAACCUGAGAUGGGUGGAAGGUAUGAAGGUGGAGGUAUGGGGAGAGAAACCUGGGCAAGCGAAAGUGGAUGGAGUCAAGGUCAAACUGGUCCGGAACCUUAUGCAGGUAGCGAUUAUCAUCAACAACAGUACAUGUCCCGAUCUUCCACUCCCACUUUCACAGAAGGUAGUAAAGAAGGUCAUAGACCUAGAGAACCUUAUCCUGCUUGGACUCAGGAGGCAAACAUCCCUCUGUCCAAAGAAGAGAUUGAAGAUGUUCUCAUUGAUCUAGCUAACAAGUUUGGUUUUCAAAAAGACUCGUCACGAAACGUGUACGAUUUCCUCAUGAUCCAACUCGACUCUCGAGCCUCACGCAUGUCCCCUAACCAAGCCCUCCUUACCCUUCACGCCGACUACAUCGGGGGAGAACAUGCCAAUUACAGAAAAUGGUAUUUUGCAGCUCAACUCGAUCUUGACGACGCCAUCGGUGCCGUACAGAACCCUGGUCUAUCACGUGUACGUUCAGUCGCUCGACGCGGCAAAGGAGCAAAACGUGCAGCACCUGCAACCGCUCAGGAGAAGUCGCUCGACUCUGCAACUUCCCGUUGGCGUACGGCCAUGAACAAUAUGAGUCAAUAUGACCGACUCCGUCAGGUCGCCCUCUUCCUUCUUUGUUGGGGUGAGGCGGCUCAGGUUCGGUUCAUGCCCGAAUGUCUAUGUUUCAUCUUCAAAUGUGCCGACGACUAUUACCGAUCUCCCGAGUGUCAAAAUCGUGUCGAGGCAGUACCUGAAGGUCUUUAUCUCCGUUCGGUCGUCAAACCAUUGUAUAAAUUCCUCCGCGAUCAAGGUUACGAAGUCGUCGAUGGCAAGUUUUUGCGACGGGAAAGGGACCACGAUCAGAUUAUCGGGUAUGACGAUGUAAACCAACUUUUCUGGUAUCCCGAAGGUAUCAGUAAGAUCAUUCUCACGGACAAAACCAGACUCGUCGAUAUACCUCCAGCACAGCGAUUUAUGAAGUUUGACCGUGUGGAAUGGUCAAAGGUUUUCUUCAAGACGUAUCUCGAAAAACGGUCUUUCUUCCAUCUUUUGGUCAACUUCAACCGUAUCUGGGUUUUACACAUCGCUGUUUUCUGGUUCUACACUGCUUACAACUCGCCGUCCAUCUACGCACCUAAAGGCAGUACCGAAGCUACCACUCCUAUGGCUUGGUCUAUCACCGCUUUGGGAGGUUCUGUUGCCACGCUCAUCAUGAUCGCUGCUACCCUCGCAGAAUUUUCUUAUAUCCCCACGACUUGGAAUAACACUUCGCAUUUGACCCGUCGACUCGUUUUCCUUCUCGUCAUCCUCGCAAUCACCGGUGGACCUUCGUUGUACAUUGCCAUUUGGAACCAGACCGGACAGGUAUCACUUAUCCUCGGUGUCGUCCAAUUCUGUUGUUCCGUCAUUGUCACCGCGGCCUUUGCCACUCUUCCCUCUGGUCGAAUGUUUGGAGAUCGUGUAGCAGGCAAGAAUAGGAAAUAUUUGGCCAAUCAAACGUUUACUGCUUCGUACCCUGUGCUACCCCGGAACAACCGCCUUGCAUCAUUGGGGUUAUGGUUCCUUGUCUUCGGCUGUAAGUUUACCGAGUCGUACUUCUUUUUGACUUUGUCCUUCCGAGACCCUAUUCGGGUCAUGGUGGGUAUGAAGGUGCAAAAUUGUUCAGACAAGUAUUUCGGCACCGCUCUUUGCACCAACCAACCGGCAUUCGCUCUCACUGUCAUGUUCGUCAUGGAUCUCACCCUGUUUUUCCUCGACACGUUCUUGUGGUAUGUCAUUUGGAACACAAUUUUCAGUAUCGCACGAUCUUUCGCCCUAGGUAUGAGCAUCUGGACACCGUGGCAGGAUAUCUUCGCCAGGCUUCCAAAGCGAAUCUAUGCCAAGAUCCUGGCUACCGCAGAUAUGGAAGUGAAGUACAAACCGAAGGUUUUGGUCAGUCAAGUUUGGAACGCCGUGAUCAUUUCGAUGUAUCGGGAACAUUUGCUUUCUAUCGAACAUGUACAGAAGUUGUUGUACCACCAGGUUCAAUCGGAUCAACCUGGCAAACGUACUCUUCGAGCUCCUGCUUUCUUCAUCUCUCAAGGUGAUAAAGGUCUCAAAACGGAAUUCUUCCCCAAGGGUAGUGAAGCUGAACGUCGUAUUUCCUUCUUCGCUCAAUCGCUCACCACCGCCAUUCCAGAACCCAUCCCCGUUGAUGCCAUGCCCACAUUCACCGUCCUCGUGCCCCACUACUCGGAGAAGAUUUUGCUAUCAUUGAGGGAAAUCAUCCGUGAAGAAGAUCAAAACACUCGUGUAACACUCCUGGAAUACCUGAAACAACUUCAUCCUAUCGAAUGGGACAACUUCGUGCGUGAUACCAAGAUUCUCGCUGAAGAGUCAAACGUUUUCAACGGCGGAAGCAACCCCUUCGGAUCUGAUGAGAAAGACAACAAGCGGACGGACGACAUUCCCUUCUACACUGUAGGAUUCAAAUCUGCCGCACCGGAAUAUACACUGCGUACUCGUAUUUGGGCUUCUCUUCGAGCGCAAACCCUCUACCGUACCGUUUCAGGAUUCAUGAAUUACUCCAAAGCCAUCAAAUUGUUAUAUCGUGUGGAAAACCCCGAAGUGGUCCAACUAUUCGGCGGCAACACUGAUCAACUUGAAAGGGAACUAGAACGUAUGGCAAGACGUAAAUUCAAAUUUGUCGUUUCCAUGCAACGUUACUCUAAAUUCAACAAGGAAGAACAUGAAAACGCGGAAUUCCUUUUACGUGCUUAUCCCGAUCUUCAAAUCGCUUACCUCGAUGAAGAACCAGCAAGGAAAGAUGGACAAGAAUCUAGGAUAUUUUCAGCUUUGGUAGAUGGUCAUUCGGAAAUCUUACCAAAUGGACGUCGUCGACCUAAAUUCAGAAUCGAAUUACCUGGUAAUCCAAUUUUGGGAGAUGGAAAGAGUGAUAAUCAAAACCAUGCUAUCGUUUUCUAUCGAGGUGAAUAUCUUCAGUUGAUCGACGCUAAUCAAGAUAAUUAUCUCGAAGAAUGUCUCAAGAUUAGGAAUGUACUGGGAGAAUUUGAAGAAUUUAGAGUCUCAAGUCAAUCUCCUUAUGCUCAGAACGGUCAUUCGGAAUUCACAAAGUUCCCCGUGGCAAUUCUGGGUGCUAGAGAGUAUAUCUUCUCAGAGAAUAUCGGGAUUUUAGGAGAUAUCGCUGCUGGGAAAGAACAGACUUUCGGGACUUUGGCUGCUCGGUCUUUGUCUUUUAUCGGUGGAAAGUUGCAUUAUGGGCAUCCCGAUUUCCUAAAUGCAAUCUACAUGAACACCCGUGGCGGAGUUUCCAAAGCUCAAAAAGGUUUACAUCUCAACGAAGAUAUCUACGCCGGAAUGAUGGCCAUCGGUAGAGGUGGUAGGAUUAAACAUUCUGAAUAUUAUCAAUGUGGUAAAGGUCGUGAUUUAGGUUUUGGUACGAUUUUAAAUUUCCAAACUAAGAUUGGGACUGGUAUGGGUGAACAAAUGUUAUCGAGAGAGUAUUAUUAUUUAGGAACUCAAUUACCUAUUGAUAGGUUUUUGACUUUUUAUUAUGGUCAUCCUGGUUUCCACAUUAAUAACAUUCUCGUCAUGAUGUCAGUACAAGUAUUCAUGCUAGCAUUGGUCUUUUUAGGUACACUCAAUGGUGAAUUGAAAGUUUGUAAAUAUAAUUCUGCUGGUGAUAUCCUUCCUGGUCAAUCAGGUUGUUAUAACCUCGUACCUGUUUUCAAAUGGAUCAAGAGGUGUAUCAUAUCCAUUUUCAUCGUUUUUUGGAUUGCUUUCGUACCGUUGUUUGUGCAGGAACUCACCGAGCGCGGUACAGGUCGUGCCAUCCUACGUCUCUGCAAACAUUUCCUUUCCCUCUCUCCCGUCUUUGAAGUGUUCUCGACCCAAAUCUACAUGCACUCAAUCCUGAACAACUUGACCUUUGGUGGUGCCAGAUACAUCGCCACCGGUCGUGGUUUCGCUACCACCCGUAUUUCCUUCUCUAUCCUUUACUCUCGAUUCGCCGGUCCAUCCAUUUACCUAGGAAUCCGAACCCUCGUCCUACUUCUCUAUGUCACCAUGACCGUGUUUGUACCCCACUUGAUCUACUUCUGGAUCACAGUGGUAGGUCUAUGUGUCGCUCCUUUCCUUUUCAACCCUCACCAAUUCUCUUAUACCGACUUUAUCAUCGACUACCGCGAAUUCUUACGAUGGAUGUCCAGGGGUAAUUCGAGAACGCAUGCCAAUAGUUGGGUGGGGUAUUGUCGGUUGUCGAGGACGCGGAUCACUGGGUUUAAGCGCAAACGUUUGGGUUUACCAUCUGAGAAGCUCUCGAGUGACGUGCCACGAGCUCCAUGGAAGGCCAUUCUCAUUGGGGAAAUCUUCGGACCCAUUUGUCUCGCCAUCAUCUUCGUAGUUUGUUACCUCUUCGUCAAGUCGUUCCCUGUGGAAGGGAAGAUUCAACCUGGUUUACUGAGGAUUGCCAUUGUGGCGCUUGGACCGAUUGUGUGGAACAUGGCGUUUUUGAUUACGCUUUUCUUGAUCUCGGUUUUCCUCGGGCCAUGCUUGAACUCAUACACCAACCAAUUCGGCGCUACCAUGGCGGCUCUCGCCCACUUUGGCGCAGUUGUCGGAAUGGUAGCGUUCUUCGAAUUCCUCUGGUAUCUCGAACUUUGGAACACAGCACACACCGUGUUGGGCAUCAUUGCCGUCAUCGCUGUCCAACGAUGUAUCUUCAAAAUCCUUAUCGCCGUCUUCCUCUCUCGAGAAUUCAAACACGACGAGACGAAUCGAGCCUGGUGGACGGGUGUAUGGUUUAACAGGGGACUAGGAGCUCACGCACUAUCACAACCCGCUCGAGAAUUCAUCGUCAAGACCAUCGAAAUGGGAUUAUACUCUGCCGACUUUAUCACUUGUCACAUCUUGUUGUUCUUCCUCAGUCCGCCAUUGUUCUUGCCGUACUUUGAUAGAUUGCACGCGACAAUGUUGUUCUGGUUGGCACCGAGUCAACAGAUCCGACCUCCGAUUUAUAGUUUUAGGCAGAGGAGUCAGAGAAGGAAGAUUGUCUUCAAGUACUCAAUCAUCUACUUCAUCGUCCAGGGCUGUAUGGUCGCUCUCAUCGUCGUACCUCUUAUCUUCAAGAUGUCAUUCAACUUGUCCGGUCCUCCGUUCAAGGGGGCGAUCUAGUGCGUGUUGAAGGCGGAGCAAUUGUCAGAUUACAGAGAGACCAGUGUCGAGUCGGUCGCGUACGAUGAGCGGAAUGCCGACUUGAGUGGAGGAGAGAUAAAGUCAGGGAGAGUAACAUAUUCAGCAUAUAUGACCGAUAGCAAGAAAAAUGUAAGGACAGUACAGACUGCAUGCAACGAGAUAUCAACAUUCC